GAAUUCUACCCGUAGUCGAGUGCAACGAACACCAUCCGCCAACGACCGUCGAUACGCCGACAUCAAGAUGGUCAACCUUCGCACCCAGAAGCGCCUCGCCGCCUCCGUGGUGGGCUGCGGCCAGCGCAAGAUUUGGCUCGACCCUAAUGAGAUGAACGAGAUCUCCAACGCCAACUCCCGCCAGACCGUCCGCAAGCUCGUCAGCGAUGGCCUCAUCAUCCGCAAGCCCGUGACCAUGCACUCCCGUGCUCGCGCCCGUGAGCUCAACGAGGCCCGCAGAAUCGGCAGAAACCGCGGCCUGGGUAAGCGUAAGGGUACCAAGGAGGCCCGUAUGCCCAGCCACAUCCUCUGGAUGCGCCGCAUGCGUGUUCUCCGUCGCCUGCUCGUCCGCUACCGUGCCUCUGGCAAGAUCGACAAGCACCUCUACCACGAGCUCUACCAUCUGAGCAAGGGUAACACCUUCAAGCACAAGCGCGCUCUCAUUGAGCACAUUCAAAGGGCCAAGGCUGAGAGACUCCGUGAGCGUACUCUCAAGGAAGAGAUGGACGCUAAGCGUGCCAAGAACAAGGCUCUCCGUGAGAGACGGCAGGAGCGUGUCGAGUCCAAGCGCAACGCUCUGGCUGAGGGCCAGGAGUAAAAAUGCUCUGAUGUUUGGCGGUGCGGAGGUUGAACUGGACGAAUUAAUCAGCCCAUCGAACCCGGUCGACUACGUUGUUUUCUUUUCUCGAAUUUGGGCUCGGUGGCUUGGUUCAUCCGGGACGGGUACAACAUGGCAACCUGGAAUGGGGUUCGGGAACAGAGAAAAUGUGAUGCAUCUUUUACUCGACAGAGGGAAAGAGAAUGGAGAAACAAAAAAAUUUAUAAACCCAAAACAAUGGCAUGGCGCUUUGUGUGAUACGAAACUUUGCGGAAUUUUUUAUUUUCUUCUCGAUAUAUUCACAU